GGAAAACGAAGGAGGAGGAGGAAUUGGCGAAGGCGAAGAAGACGCGUGAAGCCGGAAGCUGGUGACGUCGUUGAAUAACAAAGAUGGCAGGAGUAGGAAGCAGCAACUAUUGGGAAGACCUGAGAAAGCAGGCCAGACAGCUGGAGAACGAGCUGGACCUGAAGCUGGUCUCCUUCAGUAAACUUUGCACCAGCUACAGCAGCUCCAGGGAUGGACGCCGAGGAGACACGUCAGACACCACCCCCCUGCUCAACAACUCUACCCAGGACAGGAUGUUUGACACCAUGUCAGUGGAGAUUGAGCAGCUGCUGGCGAAACUGACCGCGGUGAAUGACAAGAUGGCAGAGUACACCAGCACCCCGGGCACAGCCUCUCUCAAUGCUGCACUCAUGCAUACGCUCCAGAGACACAGAGAUAUCUUGCAGGAUUAUACACAUGAAUUCCACAAAACCAAAGGCAACUUCUUGGCUAUCCGGGAAAGGGAAGACCUGCUAGGGUCUGUCAGGAAAGACAUUGAGACAUACAAGAGUGCUUCUGGGGUCAACAACAGAAGAACAGAGCUGUUCCUGAAGGAGCAUGAACACCUGAGGAAUUCUGACCGACUGAUGGAUGACACAAUAAGUAUUGCCAUGGCAACAAAGGAGAACAUGACCUUCCAAAGGGGCAUGCUGAAGUCCAUACAGAGCAGGGUCAACACGCUGGCCAACCGUUUUCCAGCCAUCAACAACCUGAUCCAGCGAAUCAACCUGCGGAAGAGACGGGACUCACUCAUCCUUGGCGGAGUCAUUGGCAUCUGUACCAUUCUCCUGCUGCUCUAUGCUUUUCACUGAUAAACAGGCCUAAAGACCAAAAGCUUUACACAGGAGACGGAUUGUUCUGCUCCUUGUAGCAUGGGAACCCCCAGGAGACAAAGCUCAGUGAUUGGAGGACCCUGGAGGCUUCUAAGCAGAAGGACAUUUGGUUGGUCCAGUCCUAGGACAGGACCAAUGUCAGCCAACAUGAACUACUGGAUUUGUAUUUAGCAGUGGGACAGAUGGAAAGCUGGUGGUUGGUUGCUGUUCUGCCAAUGAGGGAUUGGAGACCAAAAUUACUAAUAGGACUAGAUUUCAAAGAAUUAUAUUGAUAAUUCCCUUGGAGAAAGACUGUGGAGGACAGUCUGACCGGGCUGUGGCUCUGACGCAAGAUAAUGUUUUCUGAGGUGAAGAGAUUUUUAAACGGUCCUUUUUAAGUGAUGAAGUGGGUUGGAUAGGUCAUUAUGGGCUGUAAAAUGUGCAUAAAUAAAUUAUUCAUAUUCAGUAUGUACAAAAAGUAUGACACAACUAGAUGCUCAACAUUUUAUUUUUCAAAAUAUAUGAUUGAACUGAAAUGUGUACUGGGCCUUCUAAUUUCGGAUGGACAAUGAAGAAUGACUUAAUGAAGAUGUGGUAACCGCAAGAGUUGUUGUACCGUAUCAAAGAGUAAUGCACAAUUGCAGGGCAAAUUUUUCUUUUAAUUUUUUGCGUGUAUUUGAUAAUCGAUAGUAGUGACAGACAGGAAAACAUCGAAACAUGAGGAAUGAUGUGCGAUAAAGACUUUGCCAGCUGUGCCCCUCAGAGCUCUUGGAUUACUUAAUAGCAAAGCCGCUCAGCUAGUUUGCAUCCUUCCCCCCAUUUUUAAUAACUCAUUUUCCCUGUCACAUUUAACAACAAACAUGCAAGUUACACAACAUGAAGUACAAUUUUAAUCAAUCUUCUUGAAACCUACAAGAGCUGUAAGGUAGAGCACUUCCCAGCAACAGAUACAGAUGCCUUGUAAGGAUGGAACUACAGUUUGCUUACGGCAGUCAUUUUUCUCUAGAUGACAAGUCCUGCGUGGAUUAUUUUAGACAUAACACUACUCUGAUGCACAUGAGCAGUUUGUAGCACUGACCACAACCAUUGGGCACAUUUUCAGUCAUGCCCCUCCAGACCUCUGUAUCACACUUUGUUACAAACUAUCUAAAGCAGGUGCAUCUGAAGGCGGAGACUCAAAUGUUCAUCCAAGAUGGGAGCAAUUCCAAAAAAGGUUAGAGAGUCACAUCAUUAAAGUUUCUUGAUGGGGCUGUACAACUGAGAAGGCAGGGCAGCACUGUGAGAAACAUCAAUGAGUUUGAGUCUCACAGCUUGAGGCUGUCACACAAAUGGAAUCAAAAUCUUAAAAUAAAAAGCCUCACUUCAGUUGACUUAAGGGGAUAAAUUUGGUUCAUUGUCCUCAUUCCCUCUGAUUUGAUUACUCGCUCACAAAGACUGGAAGUAGAGGAAACUUGGCACACUGCGGUUUCCUGUAAACUGUCUUUCCAUGAUGACCAGGUAUUUUUUUAGGGAAUCAGGAGUUUCUUGAUUUAAAUUCUGCGCUCCAAUAAGGCCCUGUUGCCCUGUCAUUAUUGUCUGAUUUUUUUUUUCUCUUUAGGGAAUGUGCGACUGUUUGCUGCAUGCAUCUUCAUCUUCUUUUGCCAUGUCUGUCAUUUUACCCUUCCUGAAAACCUAAUAUGAUGUAAUCUUGUGUUCCAGUGGAACCCAAGUGCUUCUUUUAUUUUGUUUUAAGUUUUUAAAAUCAUAGAACAAGAUUUAUGAACACAUCCCACGCUGUUGAGGAAAGACAUUUUUUGUUAAAUGCAGCUGACUGAAGAUGAUGGACUGACAAAAAGGUUAGCUGCCCAAAUGAUCGUUCCAGACGUCUAGUCUUUAAAAUGUGUUUAUGUACAUUAAAGGAUAUCAGUUUGAACCCAU